AUGACAAUUGUCAAAAUAGGACCAACAUAUGACUGUCUUCAAGAAUAUAAUGUAAACGACGACCGACAUCCUUUACUUGUCAACUCUUCUCACUUUACAGGAUAUAUUACUGUUCGACUUAACAAUUAUAAUAAAAAUGAUGAUGAGAGCAAUGGAAAAGUAAAUUUGACAACGUGUGAUUAUUUUGAAAAUCAUCGACGAUUUUUCUCAUUUCAGAUUCAAGGUCGUUUUAAAGCGACUAACACGAAACGUCAAGAUAAUCUUUGGACUUUUGAUGACUUGCUUUUUUGUGCAGAAACGGAACACGCUGUUAAGCCGCCAAGGGGCUCUUCUUUAGCGGUCAGAUUUGCUCAGUAUAUUGAUCCAGGGUUCACAGCUGAAAGAAUUUUUGAGCAAAUUCGACCUUGGGCUGGGAGUUGGGUCAUGUGUGGAAUGAAUGUCGUAAGAGCUUGGCGCGCAGAACAAGAUGAGAAGCUGUCAUCACAAGACGAUAAUAACAAAGCUGAGAAUAUUCUUUCAUCAGAAGAUUCAUCCCCUCCUUUACUGCCUGUCGGACCCUGGGCAUACUACGGCAAGAAUCACUUAAAAGAAGACACAAAAUUAAUAUUACCCGACCACGAACCAAUGCUUUCUUCUGCGCAACGACGCACCUACUUUACAGACCCCGAAAUUCGUAAAGCUCACGUUUUCGAUCCGGAAAAUAUCUACGCGUUUGAUUUCUUUAACAAUUUCACGGAUCUUUCUACAAUGACUGCAAAUAUGAUUAUCAGCUUUAGUAUUUCGCAUGUUCUUGAUAAUCAGCCGUUGAGAUUCUUAACAGAACCACCUUUCACCGAAAAUAUUCAAUCGGAACCCUCUUUACAGCAACAUUUAUUGACGAAUCUUUCAGCCGAUGAAUUGUAUCAAUAUGCACUCGAUAUUCUCAGUAAUCUAAAACCGAUUUCGCUGAGACCUUCGCAAUCCAUUACCGAAAAUGAUGAUGUUGAUGCGAGCGUAUUACCUUUUUCGUUACGUCUAUUAGGAAAGAUUUUUAUGUCAUUGUUUUCAAAAUCGAAAAACCCGCAACAACCGCUUAAUGGUGAGAUCUCAAAGAAAUAUGAAAUUGAGCCAAAGAAUGAAAAAUUGGAGCUCGCUAUUGCAAUGUUGAAAAAAGCGGGUUUAGAAUUAGGACAUGAUGAUGCGUUAUAUUCAUUAGCUGAUAUCAAUUUUCACGCAAAAUAUUCUCAUCGACGUAAUCUGACAACUGCCUUUGACUAUUAUAAAAUUUUGGCAACAAGAUCCGGUAAUGCGACUGCUCAACAAAUGGUUGGAUUCAUGUACGCCACGGGAAUUGGUGAAAAGGUGCCACGCGAUCAAGCACAGUCAUUGAUUUAUCAUACAUUUGCUGCGCACGGCGGGGAUACUGCCGGUCAAAUGACACUUGCAUAUCGCUAUCUAAUGGGUAUUGGAGUACAUCGUAGUUGUGAAGAUGCUAUAUACCACUAUAAGCAAGUUGCUGAUAAAGCGGCUGAAUAUUAUAAAUCAGGCCCACCGGGAGGACGUCAACUUCCUCCACCUAAAAUUCGAUUAUACGAAGAAGAUGGUGGAAUAUACGGAUACGGUGCUUCUGGUCUUUCGUCUCUUAGCAGAGGCGAUUCUGCAGCUUGGGAUGACAUAUUGGAGUAUUAUCGAUAUAUGGCUGAACAUGGAGAUCAAAGUGCCCAGUUGGUAUUGGGUCAACUUUUUUAUCAAGGCACUCGAAAUAUACCUCAAAACUUUCAUCAAGCAUUACAAUAUCUCAAUCUUGUCGCUCUUCAAUAUAACUGGCCGAAUGAUAUAUCAAGAAUCGAUGAACAGACAUUAAAUUCUCCGUCUGCACAGGCAGCAGCCGCGGCUGCGGGCAUUUUAGGGCAAAUGUACUGGCGUGCAGAGGGUGUUUUGCAAAACAAUGAAACAGCGUUAUUGUGGUUUCGAAAAGGUGCAAUACUGAAAAAUCCGGUGGCUCAAAAUGGGUUAGGUCUAAUGUUUCUACAUGGACUUUCCGAUAAAAACGGCCGCGAAUUGUUGCCAAAGAAUCGUAAAGACGCUGAAGUUUAUUUUAAAAUGGCAGCGGAAGCAAAAAACCCUGAUGCCCAAGUCAACUUAGGACUUUUAUACUUGCAUAACAAACGUGAUUAUGAUAAAGCCUAUCAAUAUUUUCAAUUCGCCGCACAGUCUGCACAUUUCCUAGCACAUUAUUAUUUAGCAGAGAUGCAUGCAAGGGGUGAAGGCACUCAAAAAUCGUGUCCUUUGGCUGCAGCGUAUUAUAAAACAGUCGCGGAAAAAGGUGAUUGGCUACAUUCUCCUUUCCAAGCUGCUCGCGAAGCUUAUCAAUCCGGUGAUAAAGAUGGUGCCUUACUUAAUUAUUUGAUUGCGGCUGAACGAGGAUAUGAAGUGGGGCAAGCAAAUGUCGCAUGGUUACUCGAUAGAGAUAAAGCAAGGUGGCAAUUGCCUCAUGUGACUCCCAAACCUGACCCUGAUCGAGAGAGACUUGCCUUGAUAUACUGGACACGUUCCGCAAACCAGGGAAAUGUUGAUUCUCGACUUAAAAUGGGAGACUAUUAUUUCAAAGGCUUUGGCACUGAUGUAGAUUAUGAAAAAGCUGCAGCUUGUUAUCAAGUUGCAGCUGAAUUCGAAUCAAGUUCUAUGGCAAUGUGGAACUUGGGUUGGAUGCAUGAGAAUGGAAUUGGUGUAUCUAGAGAUUUUCACCUAGCAAAACGAUGGUAUGAUCAAUCACUCUCUACGAAUCCAGAAGCCUAUCUUCCAGUAACAUUAUCUUUAAUUAAAUUGUAUUCGAGAAGUUUCUGGAAUUAUAUUACUGGAGGUGAUGAUGGGGAUGAAGUAAAUCCUGAAAAUGCAUCUAAAGGGGUAUGGUGGGAAAGUAUAGCAUCAAGAAAAGUUUCAGACGAAAAGAAUACUGAUACCACUUUAAGGCAAUUAACCAAAGAUGGGACUGGUGGCGGUAGCAGUGGUGGCCCUCCUAAACAAGAAAGACGUGAGUGGGAUUUUGGACCAAGUGAAGAGCAACUAUUAAAAAAAUAUAAUGCACGUAAGAAAGGCGAAGAAGAUUUCACGGAAUCGUUAAGCUCUACGACUGAAGAAGCUUAUGAAGAGGAGGAAUUGCAAGAUGAUUUAAUGGAAAGUUUAAUGAUUUUGGUGAUAUGUCUUUUAAUUGGGUGGUUGGUAUAUGUACGUCAAUUACGAUGGGGUCAAAAUGAUAAUAGAGGAGGGGGAGGUGAUGGUGAUGGAGGUAGGAAUGUAGGUGGUGGAGGAAUUGGUGUUGGAGGUGAUUGGCCUCCUGGGUUAUUGGACGAUGAUAAUAUUGGACGAUUUGCUUGGGCCGGUGCUGGCGGACAUUAA